AUGUCGUUUCCUAAAAUCGAAGAAUGUCUUCCCAAGCACUGGGGCUUGUUCUAUGGGGGGAAAUGGCACGAGCCCCAGGACGGCGACCACCGAGAGAUAUUCAGUCCCGGUGACGGCAAAGUCAUCAGGAAAGUCGCCUUCGCCGGUGAGAAAGACACCACCGCUGCCAUAGAGGCGGCACAUGCAGCGUUUCCUGCGUGGAGAGCAGUUCCUUCUUUGGAACGGGGCAAGAAACUCAGGAAGGUGGCCGACAUCCUGCGCGCACACGCGGACGAGCUAGCGUUGCUCGAUGCUUUCAACACCGGCAAUCCAGUCGUUAUGAUGAGAGGCGACGCCUUCUCCUCGGCCGACACGGUUGAUAUGUUCGCAGGUCUCAUCCCAGCUGUUCAAGGCGAAACCACUCAUCUGGAUGAUUCAACUUUCAAUUAUACCAUUCGUGAGCCGUUGGGGGUGGUAACACGCAUUGUUGCUUCAAAUCAUCCACUCAUGUUCGCUGCCAACCGACUCGCAGCGCCCCUUGCGAUGGGAAAUACGGUGGUCAUCAAGACGCCAGAGCAAGCACCUCUUUCAGCACUUCGUCUAGCCGAACUCCUAGAAGAUGUCUUCCCCCCGGGCGUCCUCAACAUUUUGUCCGGUGGCCUCGACUGCGGAAAGACUCUCUCAACUCACCGCCUUGUCAGCAAGGUCACGCUUAUUGGUAGUGUGCCUACGGGUAAAGCGAUCCAGAAAGCCGCAGCAGAUACAUUGAAACUGACCUCGUUUGAACUCGGGGGAAAGAAUGCUCUGAUUGCGUAUCCUGAUGCGGAUCAUAACCGCUUGGUGGACGCAAUCAUCGCAGGAAUGAAUUUUGGUUGGUGCGGGCAAUCCUGUGGUUCGACCUCGAGGGUUUUCCUACACGAAUCACUCCACGAUAAGAUUCUGGACCAAGUCCGCGACAAGAUAGCCAGCAAGUUCCGUCCCGGAAACCCGAUCGAUCCAAAUACAACAAUGGGGGCACUAGUGAGUCAGGCAGCACAGGCCCGUGUGUUGAAAUAUGUCGACAUCGGCAAAAAGGAUGGUGCCCGCCUUGUACUAGGCGGCAAAGCUCCCGAAAGCAGCGACACGCAGGGCGGCUACUUUGUCGAGCCCACCAUAUUUGCAGGAGUUACUCAGAACAUGCGGAUCGCCAACGAAGAGGUAUUCGGGCCUAUCGUGUCAAUCCUGAAGUGGACCGACGAAGAGCAGCUCUUCAGGGACGUCAAUGCUGUCGACUAUGGUCUGACAGGUGCAGUGUUCACCUCUGAUAUUAAGACCAUGCAGACCGCAGUACGUCGUAUCGAAGCUGGAACUGUCUGGGUCAACACAGUGGGGACACAUUUUUUCAGUAUGCCAUUCGGGGGAUACAAGCAAUCCGGAAUUGGAAGGGAUGACUGCUUCGAAGAGUUGCGUGACAUGACGCAGUGCAAGGCUGUCCACGUCAAAUUAUAG